UUCAGUCGAAGUUUAGCUACUGAUCGAGCUAGUCAUAAUUAAUUUGCGAUGAAAUACGUUUUGGCCUUUUGUUUGCUACUCUGCCUGGGUUUGAGCCACGUCAAUGCCGGUUGCAACGAUGUUUGCCCCGAGACAGAGGAGGUUGUCUGGGCUAUGGGAGGAGGAUGUAGUGUCUUCCGUAAUAAAUGUUUCUUCGAUAAAGAUAACUGCACUCGCAGGCCAGCUCUAACCAUUGCUACCAAGGAGGAAUGCCAGAAACAUUGUCCUGAUAUUUGUCCACAAAUCUUUGCUCCCGUGACGGGCAACUAUAAAGGACAAAUUAGAAACUUUGGCAAUGCAUGUGAAAUGCUUUUACAUUCCUGCAAAACUGGAGAGACGUUCGUGAACUAAACUCUGUAUGGUAAAGUGCAGUCAACUGGAAUCUUUUUGCGGUUAUUCCAAACAGUUUCUUUAUUCGAAUUAAAAUAAAUAAAAACACGCAAUAUGAAUUCAA